AUGGAUGGCGCUGAAGCGUCGUGCUUAUACUCGACCGUCAGCGGCAUGUGCGAUCGCCCUCGUGGCGAUCAUGAAGCCCUGACGAGUAGGAGGGUCGCGGCGGUGAGCGCAGAAGGGCUGGCCGUGAGGCCGUCUGGAGCCGCCGUCGGUGCAGAUCUUGGUGGUAGUAGCAAAUACUCCAGCGAGGCCCUGGAGGACUGA